AUGGCAAGUAAAGAAUCUGAAAAGAUGACGAAUGACCGAAUCGUAGUUAGGGCCAUUGAGCCAAGAGACGAAGAAGAUUGGAACAAACUGUGGGUAGAGUAUCAAGGUUUCCAAAAAAUCGUUAUGCCUUUGGAGAUAGCCAAGACUACUUUCGCAAGGUUCUUGGACCCCCGAGUCAAACUUUGGGGGGCAAUUGCCAUCGACACCGAGACUGGCAAUACCAUUGGUUUCACACAUUACUUGAGCCACUUGACCGCGUGGCAAGUUGAGGAGGUUAUCUACAUGAAUGACUUAUAUGUCACCGAGAACGCCAGAAUCAAAGGUGUAGGGAGAAAGCUUAUAGAGUUUGUAUAUAAGCAUGCGGAUGAGCUCGGUACGCCUUCAGUAUACUGGGUGACGGACCACUUCAACCACCGCGCCCAAUUGUUGUACACCAAAGUAGCUUACAAGACGGAAAAAGUCGUCUACAAGAGAGUAGGACACUGA